AUGGAUUUGCGACCAUCCAUCGCAAUUAUCGGUGCUGGGCCGAGUGGUCUUCUCUUCGCACGGCUAUUAGAAGUGAACGGAAUGGCGAACUACGUCAUUUAUGAGCGCGAUGAAUCUUCCACUUCUGGUCCUUGGCAGCAAGGCGGUUCCCUGGACCUCCAUGGCCCAUCAGGCCAACUCGCCCUCAAAGAAGCAGGCUUAUUCGAUGAAUUCAGCAAAGUCUAUGGACGCUGGGACGCCUCAAAGAUACACAUUGUCAGAGAUUCUGGAGAAACGGUUGGACGUUUUGGUGAAGGUCGUGAUGCUCCAGAGAUCGAUCGCCUGCAGUUACGCCGGCUUCUACUUGGGUCCAUACCUGCGCACAAAAUUCGAUGGGGCCACAGCGUGCAUUCCAUCGAGAGAAAAGAGACCAAGAGUCCUACGGGAAGGGAUAAUGGAUGCAUUAUCCAUUUUACCAAUGGCAGCUCAACUACUGGUUUCAACCUUAUUGUCGGGGCUGACGGGGGUUGGAGCAAAGUCCGUCCUUUGAUUACAUCUGCAAAGCCGGUUUAUUCUGGAAAAAUGUACAUCGAAGGCAAGAUCUCUCACAGCAACCCGAGUUACAACAUAGCCAACGAAUUGGCCGGACCGGGAAUGAUGAUGGCGAUAGGGCAAUGGAAGAGCUUGGCAUUGCAGCAGGGGGCAGACGGCACAUACAGAAUAUACUUUGGUCUUAUAGUACCAGAAAACUUUUACCACCACCGCGAUGGCAAUGCUGUGGAAAGAACUGAAGCUGUGCGACAGCUGAUACUAUCGUCGGAUAAAUUUUACGGAAAUUGGGCAUCAAAACUCAAAACUAUUGUCACGAAUGCCGAGGGUCCUUUCCGUGCUUGGAUCUUGCACCACUUGAAGGCAGAAGACGUUGGUUGGAAACGUGAUGCAGCUCCAGGGGUGACGCUACUCGGGGAUGCAGCGCAUCUUUCAACUCCAUUUGUGGGAGAGGGAGUCAAUUGUGCCAUGCACGAUGCUGUACUUCUGGCUAAAUACCUUUUCGAGGAGUGCGAAAGAGACUGGAGUCUCGGAAAUGUACGAGAAGCGAGUCUGGAAAGGGCCUUAGCUUCAUAUGAAGAGGGUAUGUUCGAACGCGGCCAGGACCUGAUCCGACGCAGCACGGAGAGUGAAGCAGUCCUUUUCAGUGAGAAUGCAGUGGAGCGAGUUCUCGGGUUUGUCAGUGGUGAGCACGAGGAAAUGCUGUAUGAUGUGAAGACAUCUGGUCGCAAAUAA